CGCCGCUGUCACUGCCUCUGCCGCUAUUAUAGGGGCCGAAGCCUGGAGCUCAAAGCGCAAAGCUGUGAUCUCCCUGCUCGCUGCACCCAAGCGCUCGGCGCGGAGCCCCGCUCCCCAUUCCACCUUCUCCUUCGCCUCAUUGUUGUCCCUGGCUGCUGCGGCUCUCGCUCGUCUUCCAGGAGCCCGGCAGCGAGCCCGCCCGCAUCCCCCGCACCCUCCGGGGUCCCGAGAGCAGCCGCUGGCACGGGCGAGCGCAGGCUUUGGGCCAUUUCGUUGCUUUUCUUUUUAUUUCUUUUUUAUAUUUUUCUUUUUCUUUUUUUUUUUUUCUUUCCUUUCCUUUUUGCUCCUUCCCUCCCCCGCUUUGCCGCCUUCCCGCAGCGUGUCCCCGUCCCUCGGAGGAGCGGGGCAGCGGCGAGGAUGCGCCGGUCCCCGCGGCGGAGCCAGCAGUGAGCGCCCGAGGGAGGCACCUGCCCCGCGGAGCCGCCGUUGCCGCCGCGCCGGCGGGCGGGGAGGGGGAAAGAACACGGGGGGGGACACACGGACACCGGCCUCGCCCCGGCACCGACACUUCGCCCUGAGUUUAACGACUCCCGGGGGCUUCGAGCAUGAGCAAGCCGGCGGGAUCAACAAGUCGCAUUUUAGACAUCCCUUGCAAAGUGUGUGGGGACCGCAGCUCCGGGAAGCACUACGGGGUUUAUGCCUGCGAUGGGUGCUCGGGAUUUUUCAAGCGGAGCAUCAGGAGGAACAGGACCUAUGUUUGCAAAUCGGGCAAUCAGGGAGGCUGCCCGGUGGACAAGACGCACAGGAACCAGUGCCGGGCCUGCCGGCUGAAGAAGUGCUUGGAGGUCAACAUGAACAAAGACGCGGUGCAGCACGAGCGGGGCCCCAGGACAUCAACGAUACGGAAGCAGGUGGCCCUCUACUUCCGCGGGCACAAGGAGGAGAGCAGCGGCGCCCCACACUUCCCUGCUGCUGCCCUGCCAGCACCCGCCUUCUUCACCACUGUCUCCCAGCUGGAGCCGCACGGCCUGGAGCUGGCUGCCGUUGCCGGCACACCAGAAAGGCAGGCUCUGGUGGGCCUGGCGCAGCCCACCCCGAAGUACCCACAUGAAGUCAAUGGUACCCCUAUGUAUCUCUACGAAGUGGCCACCGAAUCCGUCUGUGAGUCAGCAGCCAGACUUCUGUUCAUGAGCAUCAAGUGGGCCAAGAGUGUCCCAGCCUUCUCCACCUUGUCCUUACAAGACCAGCUGAUGCUUUUGGAAGAUGCUUGGAGAGAACUGUUUGUUCUAGGAAUAGCACAAUGGGCCAUUCCAGUUGAUGCUAACACUCUACUGGCUGUAUCUGGCAUGAACGGUGACAAUACAGAUUCUCAGAAGCUGAAUAAAAUUAUUUCAGAAAUACAGGCUUUACAGGAGGUUGUGGCUAGAUUUAGACAACUUCGGCUAGAUGCUACCGAAUUUGCCUGUCUCAAAUGCAUUGUCACUUUUAAAGCUGUGCCUACACACAGUGGUUCCGAACUGAGGAGUUUCCGAAAUGCUGCUGCUAUAGCAGCCCUUCAAGAUGAAGCCCAGCUCACUCUGAACAGCUACAUUCAUACCAGGUAUCCCACACAACCCUGUCGCUUUGGAAAACUUUUAUUGCUUUUACCAGCUUUACGUUCCAUCAGUCCAUCUACAAUAGAAGAAGUGUUUUUCAAAAAGACCAUUGGGAAUGUACCAAUUACAAGACUGCUUUCAGAUAUGUACAAAUCCAGUGACAUAUAAAUCACCUUAAAAUAAACCAUCAGGAUGGACAGUUUGAGAAGAACUUUUAUCUAUGGAGAAUAAGCCUCAACUAACAAAAUCUACGGGAAGCAUAAGCCUGGGAAUGUUUAGCCUUUAAACCCAUUGACACAAAAUACCCCAGUAGAUAUGAUUCUGCUGCUCUGAACAGAGUGAUUUAGAUCAUGGAGAGAAUGCUUUGUUCUACAGAAAAAGUGAAAGUGGUUGGAAUUUGGCUGCUAUUCCUGCUACUACAGGAUGGAGGCAAUUCAGAUGCCAGUCAUAGUUAACAAAGACUCUGCUAUUCUCUCAUUUAACUGGCAGAUCUGAGACAAAAUGUGAAAGAAGGUACUUUAGUUUGUUCGGUAUUUGGAACCGGGUGACCAAACUUGGCUUCUGUUGUAACAUGAGAUGCGGUGGCCUUCAGAAUUGUUUUAAAAGUAGCCUAUGUUGAGAAAAUGUUUUUAAUACGAUAGGCAACAUUUAAGACCAGGUUACCAAAACAUUGCUUCUGCUAUAAUACAUCAUGAAGUGGCCUUCAGAACUGAUUAAAAAGUAGCUUAUGACGGCAGCUCCAUUCUUCCUGCAAAAUGAACUGGUGAUCUUUGCUGCGGAUGUCACCACAAUUUGUUCGGUUAACAUCUCAAAGACAGAAGAGCUUUAUACACUUCCUCCCCGACCUUUCCCCCUUCCUCCACACACACAGACACACAUUCGCACACACACCUGAAAAGACACAAGUCAAGAAAGGAAGACUAAAACAGCAAAACCAAAUACAAUGGAGAUGACCGCUUCAGUGACCUGCUGGCUGUCCCGUUGGCACAGUGCUGAAACCAAAGGCAACGGUGGCCAAACUCUUUGUCAGUGAGAUGUGCAGAGAAGUGAAAUGACUAUUAAGAAAAAAUAAUCAAUGGAAGGAAUUUUAUUUUGAAGAAAUAAAGUUGUUGACUGAUACAAUGCUAACAAUUUCCAAAAGUCUCCAAUGCCUUUUUAGAAAACUCCAGGUUCUAAUUUUGAAGCCUUGUUCGCCUACACCCUCUCACACACAAAAAUGUUAUAAGCUGCUUAUUUGAUGUAUGAAAAAAAUGUAGGAAAAACCAUUUAAAGAUAGCUGCUGUACUUUUCAAAAUUUGAUUUGUUAUUAGGAACUAGCACUGAGAAAAAUCAGCACUUGGACUAUCAUAGAAUGAGUAAAACUUUUCCUGUACAAAGUGGAUUAACUGAUUUGUGAAGUUAAAAAGUUGUACUCAUUGUAUUUACAAAGAAUAAAAAUAUAUUGAAUUUAAA